GUGGCUCCGUGGUUCUCUUUCCGUCACCUAGGACAUUAGCGGACAGUAGCUGUGACGGCUCCUCCAACCCCAGGGCAGCUACGAACGCAUGGUGCUUGAGUGUGGACGCUUUUAAAAUACAGAGGCGGGGCGCUCGGAGGUGUCGGGAAACGAGUGCCCCUCGGCCGCUUCAUGCCAGGUUGGAGGCUGCUGGCUCAGGCCGGCGCCCAGGUGCUGGGCUGCGCCAGCGGCGGCGGUGGCCUGGGUGCUAACCUGAGCUUGGGGUAUAGAACAAACCUCUGGCUUUUUGUUAGAAGUCUCCAUGGCAAGAGUAGUACUUGGUGGUAUGAGCAUCUUUCUGAAGAAAAUGCCUCAUUUGUUAAGCAGUUGGUCUCUGAAGAAAAUAAAGCCCAAUUAGCAAGUAAACUGAGUCCUCUGAAAGAUGAACCAUGGCCUAUACAUCCUUGGGAACCAGGUUCUUCUAGAGUUGGCCUUAUUGCUGUGAAACUGGGUAUGAUGCCUCUGUGGACUAAGGAUGGUCAGAAACAUGCAGUCACAUUACUUCAGGUACAAGAUUGCCAUGUUCUAAAAUAUACUUCAAAAGAAAACCAUAAUGGAAAAACCGCAGCCCUAACUGUAGGAGGAAAAACUGUAUCACGCUUCCAUAAACCUACAUCUGUAUUGGAAUUUUACCGAGAACUUGGAUUGCCACCAAAACAGAAAACUAAAAUCUUCCAUGUAACAGAUAAUGCUGUAAUUAAACCAGGCACUCCUCUUUAUGCUGCUCACUUUCGUCCAGGACAGUAUGUGGAUGUCACAGCCAAAACUAUUGGUAAAGGUUUUCAAGGUGUCAUGAAAAGAUGGGGAUUUAAAGGCCAGCCUGCCACUCAUGGUCAAACGAAAACCCAUAGGAGACCUGGAGCUAUUUCAACUGGUGAUAUUGCCAGAGUCUGGCCUGGAACUAAAAUGCCUGGACAAAUGGGAAACGUAGAUAGGACAUCAUAUGGACUGAAAGUGUGGAGAAUAAACACAAAACAUAAUAUAAUCUAUGUAAAUGGCUCUGUACCUGGACAUACAAAUUGUUUAGUAAAGGUCAGAGAUUCUCAUCUGCCUGCCUAUAAGGAUUUCAGUAAAAAUCUACCAUUCCCUACCUAUUUUCCUGAUGGAGAUGAAGAAGAACUACCAGAAGAUUUGUAUGAUGAAGAUGUGUGUCAGCCCAGUGCACCUUCUAUUACGUUUUCCUAACCCAUUGGACUUGGCAGAACCUUUCAUAGUCUGUGAACCUUAAUGAACCAGAACAAUAAUAUUAUAUAUUUCUUUCAUAGUCGCAACAAUACUGUACCUGUCAAAGGGCAUAAUUAUAUCACCUACCCCAACUGAGUUUUGUUAGAAAAAUUCCCCCACAUUAAAUAAACCAGUUAAGUAGUUUGCAUUUGCCAAAUUGACAGUUUGUAUAUUAGCAAAAUAUUUUUAAUUUGCGGACUUCCUUUUUUUUUUUUUUACAUAUUUCCUGAGCUGUCUUAAGGUGUUUAUAAAUUUAACUUUCAUUAAAGGUUUGUCAUUGUUUGUGAAGGGAUGAUUAUGAAACAGAAAAACAUAUGGGGACUAUGGUGUGACCUAUUUGGAUUAAAAAAAAAAAUUUUUCCUAAAACUCAUUUUUGUUUUUCUUAUACAUUUUAGAGCCUUAAAGGGAGAAAAUGAGAUUUUUAUUUAAAUUAAAGAAACAAUUCUGUUAUAAGUCACAACUAUGGAUAGGGAAUACAUAGUCCCAGCACUGGCCUGCUUACCUCUUUUGAGCACGGGCAAUGCUAGAUACCUUCUCUUGAGCAAUUUUGAAUGUAGAGACAAUUCAUUUCUCAGUGGUAGAGCCCUCUCAGGUCAAGUUCUGAUUUGAGCUUGAACCUAAUUUAUGACCUCAGAUUUUGUCUUGAAGUGGGGAACCUUUUUGUAACUGAACUUCAUUCAGUUAGACAUUUGUUCCAACAUACUUAGUGUUAACUGCAAAUAAUAAAAUAGGGAAAAUGCUGAACCUUAUGUAAUUUCGUAGGCUUCGGGCAAACCAAGAGAUCAGACACCUGCUUUAAAGUUAAACUAAGUAUUCAUAAUCCUUCUUCCUUUCCAGGAACUUCCUGCCCCCACUACCUGCUGGGGUAGCAGAAACCUAAAUGCUAAUAUUGAUUUGUCCUGUCUCCACAAGGGCACGGGCAGUGGUGAAUCUGAUAAUGUCAGUUGUCACACUAAACUCUCAGUGAAAGCAUUUCUUACACAUGACGAAUGUAAGGGUAUAUUUACAAGACUAAGAAGUAUUUCAGAGUCAAUAGGAGUGCUUUUUGAAACCUUCAAUACUCAAGUGCAAACAAGGACUAGAAUCUAAGGAUGACUUCCAUGGCUUGUUCCCACAAGUAAAUUUAAAUGAAACCUGAACUGUGGCCUGUUUUUCUUUUUUUAGUGUAAAGAGUGUUAGAACACAAUCACACACAAGAAAUUAAGGGUGCCUGAUAUGCAAAGUAAAUUCCACCAGUCUGCAGGAGUAUUCACAUUCAGCAGCUUAUUUUGUUUUGAUUGUUUCAGUAGUGAAAGAACCAGUCUUUGAAAACAGAUGUGUCAAAAUGAGAGCCCUUCCUGUUUCCAGCAAAGCUGGACCUUCAUCCUAAAUCAUUGUGUCGCAGUGAAAACCCAGUGUGGGAGGAAAGAGCCCCAUUCAAAUUACUGACCUGCAUCUAUUGUUGGGACCGGGGACAAAUAUGUGAGUACCUUUAAAUGUUUGUAUUACUCAAAGUAGAAAUACAACCUCAGCUUCUUAUGACAUCCAGUCUUGGAAAAUUGCCUCCUACUCUACAGUGUGAUGUCCUCCCACCAUCUACCUUGUUUGCUUCUCCAUGACUGAUUCACUUGGUAGACUGUACAUUAUUCCAAAAAUGUCCACUGCUACCUGUUUUGCCUGAAUUCCUCUUUGGAAGUUCUCCCCACUUUUGCAGAACUGUAGCUGCGACAGUGGACUUGUGCUACUUACCAUGUUUUUAUAAAUAGAUUUAGAGUGGAGCAGUUUAGUGAUGAGGUAGGACAUGUUGCUGAUACCUGUUUUGCUAAACUGCUGAACCAAGAAACAUUUGAAGAUGGGCAGGCAGAAGUAGGCUGCCAGGCUCCAAGGCUGCCUUGGGCAGAUAUGUGCCAUUUCAUGGCUACCUGUUUUCUGUAUAGGAAGAUCUUCACAACAGAACAGACACUGUCCAGGGGGUCACAACAAACCAUUCCAGUUUUAUUGUUGUAAAUGACAGUCUCUGAAGGCAUGCCUUACCAGACAGACCAUGACUACCAUUCGGUUUCUGCCUCCAGCAAUUUCCUAGGAUUCCCUGAAAUGAGAGUAUUCAUAGUGUCCUUGCCCCCCAGAAAGCUGGAGAUGUGAGUACGCAGGGUUGCCAGCCUCAAUUUCAUUUGCUUUUCUACUUUUAGAUGCUAUUUGCAAAGAACUUACAGCAGUCUGUGUCAUGCGUUGUUUUUCAUUCUUUUUAGAUUAAUGAGGUGGUCUACUCAAGUUAGAUGGGCCAAAUUAAUCUUAAUGAAUGCAGUUCGUAUCAUCAAAAAAGCAAAUCUGAUUUUUAACUGGCGAAAGAAUCUUGGCAUAGGAGGUGCAUGAGGAAGUGAUGGUUGUGAUCUUGAUUCUCCAGAAGCAGACUAAGCACCAAGUAUAUUUUAGGGCAUUUAGAAAGUUUGUUGUUUUGAAGAAGAAAAAGAAAAGAUAAGGCAUCCAUCAAGUUCUGACAUUGCACUGAAUUUGCUUUAUUUGGGAAGGAACUAACUAAAUACUCCAUCACAAAACUCCUGACAAAGAAACAUGGAUGACUAUAUUAAUGGGACUGUGUCAAAAGGGAACAAUAAUAAAUGGAUUCUGUGAGCAUGUAAAGCAGUGUGUUAAUAUGAUGAAGUAAAGAUGGCAUCAAAGCCAUUGGCUGACUGUCCAUUUUAUUCUGCUAACUGUCUGAUACCUCACUGCUCUGUGGAUCUUCCCCUCCCCCAGUUUGACAGGUUGCUAAUAACAGCCAGCCUGCUGCUAAAAUAUCACCAACAAUGAAAGAACAGGUGACAAUAUAUAGGCAAGAGUGAGCAAGUAAGAGGGCUGGUGGGACAGCUCAGUGAUAGAGCGUUGGCCUAGUUUGUGCAAGAUCCAGAGUUUAGUCCCAGCACUGAAGGGAAAAAAAAAAAGGGAAAAGAUCUGUUGUAUAAAAACUUA